UCUAGUAAUGAAUGAUAACAACGCAUUUUGUCAUACAUUGCCACUAUGAAGGUUGCAUUCUAUCUUUGGGAUUAGUGUUAUUUAAGAAAAGAUAAGAAAUGACGACUUCUAGUGUUCGGCUGGUGUUGGUAGUCGUGCUAAUACUAUUGUCGACCAGCAUUUACUCGUCAGAAGCAGCAACAGCUGAAGAUGUUGCACGGUUAUUUCAAGAGAAAGUAAUGAAUGGUAGCAGUAAAAUCAGACCAGUGAUGAAUCAGUCAGAUAUAGUUGAUGUAGAAAUGACACUUCAUAUUGUCUCCCUAUUAGAUGUGAACGAAGUACAGCAGUCUGUGGAAGCCACUAUAUGGAUGCAGGUAUUCUGGAAGAACGAAUUACUGGUUUGGAACCCCAAUGAUUAUGGUAACCUCACCAGUGUUUACCCACCAGAAACAAAUAUGUGGAAACCCGAUCUAGCUAUCAGUAAUGGUUAUGAUGAAUUGACUCCUGUUGGUUUGGAUUUUGUCCUAUUACAGUCGCGUCAUGACGGCGAGACAGAAUGGAAUCCGGGUCAAAAAGUCAGUUUUCUGUGUAAAAUUGAUGUAAGUAAGUUCCCAUUCGAUAUGCAGACAUGUUCUAUGGUGUUCUUUAACUGGGCGGGUAAAAGGGACGAGACUUCUCUGAAUUAUCGAGAAUCCACGGAAAUGAAAGAAGCUGAAGCUGGGUAUGCAAAUUCAGAGUGGGCAAUCAUUGAGAGACGAACUGAAAAACAACAGAACAGUCCCCAUGAAACUGUUCGUGUAAUAUUGGUCUUACAAAGGAAAUCCCUUAGCUUGGUGUUAACAGUGUUGUUACCAGUUAUCCUUCUGGCAUUCCUCAAUGUAUUCGUGUUCCUUCUACCAACUGAAUCUGGCGAGAAACUCUCCUUUUCUGUCACGGUUCUUCUUUCGCAAGCUGUUUUCCUCAGUUUUAUAUCCGGUCUUAUGCCCCAGACGUCCGAUUCUAUAUCAGGUCUUUCUAUCUAUAUAUCUGCUCAACUGGUCCUCAGCGCCAUCUACGUCCUCGUGACCUGCUUUAAUUUAAGUAUGUAUCACAGGGAUUCAAGAAACCGUCCUAUUCCUCGCUGGCUUACGAAAAUCCUCUGCGUACGGGUUGAUUCAGACAACAACGUUUAUCCUAUCAAAGAAAACGACGAAAAGCUGGUGACCAUGGCCGAUAGUCUUACCGGAAGUGAUAUCUGCCUUAGAUUGGACAGAAUUUGCUUCUGGGUGUUCUUGAUUGUUGUCUUUCUAAUGACAGCAUUGUUUCUUGGUGAUGGUUUAUCAGCUCAGAUAAAAACAUGAGACAACAGUGGCAUAUUAUAAUGAUCGACCCCCACUAUCAUUCGUUACAGAGAUAUUGGGGGGAAAUUAAGCAAUUAAAUAACUAUUUGAUUAUAUGCUUGUUUUAAAGUUUAGGGAUCAUUAUUAUUCUUUUAAAUGUUAUUCAAUCUGAUUAAAAUUAUAUGCAAUUUGUUUGUGGUUUUUAAUGUUAUCACACAUGCACUUUGUAAUAUAGAAGAUAUAUUGGGACAAUCCUG